UACUCUUUAUAUCUGUCGUUCCUAAUUCCAAUCAUUUUCUCUCGUUACAACCAAUUCAAUUCAAAAUUAAACUAUUCAAUCCCAACCCUAAUUCUUCAUCUUAACCCUAAUUCAAUUUCAUUUUCAUCAAAAUUCCCAAUUCUCUUUCCAAUUUUAGUAUCAAGUUUCUCCCUUUCAUCUUCCCGCUUUGCAUUCUCCGCACUCCACUGUCGUUUUCGGAUUUCAUUUUUAUCUUCGAGGUCUGCGCAAUCUAGUUGGUAGGAUUUCCAUUUUGGAGAGUUAAUUUAAUGUCUGAGUCAGAUGCUCAGCCUCCUACCACCUUUGUUUCCGAUGUUCUACUAUGGAAGCGGUGGAAAGUUUCCUUCGGUGUCAUUGUUGUUUCUACGGCUGCCUGGUUCCUACUUGAGUGGACAGAUCUACCAUUCUUAACAAUUUGUUCAGAUGUCUUGCUGCUUUUGAUUGUAAUACUGUUUCUGAAUUCUAACUAUGCUGCCCUUAGAAAUAAACAACCACCAAAUUUACCUGAGCUAAUAGUAUCAGAGGAAAUGGUUAACAAUGUCGCUGCUUCAUUUCGGGUCAAAGUCAAUAAUGUUCUCCUUAUAGCUCAUGACAUCACUAUUGGCAAGGAUUUUAGAAUUUUUUUUAAGGUGGUGAUUUGCUUGUGGCUCUUGUCUGUCAUUGGCAGCAUCUUCUCCUUCUUCACACUUGCAUAUAUUGGAACCCUCAUGAUGAUUACUGUCCCUGCAUUGUACAAAAAAUAUGGAGAUUAUGUAGAUAAGUGUUGCGGAGUUAUCCACCACCAAUUUUCGAAACAUUAUAGAAUUGUAGACGAGAAUGUUGUUGAUAGACUGCCUCAUAAUACAUCAAAAGACAAAGAGUCUUGAUUUUCAAACUAUUUAUCUUAUGCUCCAUGUCUGAAAAAUUAUCUAUUCAAUCUUGUUGAUAUGUUGUUUAGAACCCUGCUAGCACUUGACAGCAUACUUGUAGAGGACAAUUUUGUAGUUUAGAUGUUGCUUGACUCAACUUUAUGGUAGCUGCUUUCAUUUUCUGUGCGUUGAAA